UCAUGAGAAGAAAGGGAGUGUCGGUUGUCCUGUUUCUCUUUAGUCACCUGCAGCAUUAAAUCUUCAGUUCAUUUACCUUCAGCAGCAGAAACCGUCUCACACACUGAUGGAGUCGAGCAGCGGCCGCUUCGCUCUUGCCUCCCCGCACCCGGCGCUCUUUCUCCGGCCGGAGCACCGCAGUUACCAGCGCAUGCCCAAAUGCGCCCGCUGCAGGAAUCACGGGGUGGUUUCGGCUCUCAAGGGCCACAAGCGCUUCUGCCGCUGGAGGAACUGUGCGUGCGUCAAAUGCGCGUUGAUCGCAGAGCGGCAGCGCGUCAUGGCCGCUCAGGUUGCGCUGCGGAGGCAACAGGCGCAGGAGGAAUUGCAGAUUAUUUACCCCGCGGAAGAAGUGACCAAGGGCGGCAUGAGUCUCUCCAGAACCCCGCUGAACUCUGCCACUCAGCCCGCGUUUGACGCCCUCAGUCCAGACACGUUCAAAGACGAGAAUAAUGGCAGUGUAUUUGAUGGAUUCAUGAAUUGGGGUUUGUUUGCGCCGCACAGGCCUGCCGCAAACUCUCCAUCGGGAAAGAGUGACCCAUCACACGGCAGCGUUUAUCCUGGACCAGAUCACCUUGUCAGAUCAAGGUGCUUUCAGAACUCCUCAGAACUCACUGGCGGGUCUUUGGGUGAAUCACCCAAAGACCCGCCACUUGAAACCGGUCGUCGAGACCCAGCCAAGUUGCUGAUGAAGAUCUUCCCUCAUGUGAAACAAGGUGUUCUUGAUUCUGCCCUGAAGAGCUACUCAGGAGAUGUGGUAAAGGCCAUAGAACUGCUGCUCGGUUCUCGAGAGGGUCACAACUCAAACGGAGAUGUCGUGCCGCUGUCGGAGAGUCUCCCCAUUUCACGAUCACCUGCCAUCCAUCUCACAGAUGCUCCGCUGAGACUCUUAAGCUCUAAAUCAGCGUUCUCGCCCCUCCAGACGUCCUCCUCGAACUGUGUCAGUGGUGAUGCUCUGUUGGGUUUUCACCCUCAGUUUGCGAUUAGUUCGCUGCGACUCGCAUAUUCGACACAAAACUUUAUUCCGCAGUAUCUGGCAUCUGGAUUUCUUCCGGCAAUGACACUGCGACCGCCAACAGAAUAUCCAUUUCCUGGUGCGCUGCGGGACUUUCCUUACCCCUAAAACACUUUCAACACAGCUGGUCUGUUCUCAACGCUCAACCCUGACAAAUAACCACAAACACAAUCACUCAUAUGUAUAAUGUACAAAUCAUGAAUUGAGUUUUACUGCAUUUGUUUAAAUCAAAACACUUGUGCACAUAUGAAAUUAGUCUUUUCUGCCAAUGUCUACGAUCUGUAUUUGUGUGUCAUUAUAUUAAAUAGUUAGUAAAACAUGUUGUAUAUGUGAUUAUGCAUAUUUGAAUCACUUUUUGUAAAUAAAACUCUUAUGUCAAACAUCACUUCAUGUAGAAAAAAAAAUGCAUUAACAAGUUUAACAAUAAGGCAUUGGACCAGGGUUACUGACCAAAAGGUCAGCGGUUAAGGCUCUGGGUUACUGACCAAAAGGUCGGGGGUUCAAGCCCCAGCACUGUCAAGAUACCACUGUUGGGCCCUUGACCCUAUCUGCUCCAGGGGUGCUGUUUCAUGGCUGACCCUGCGCUCUGACCCCAGCUUAG